GAGUCAUCGUUCAUCAUCGGCAGCCAUCCACAUACUACCUCCUAAUGCAGCGAGGACGUGCAACUAAAGGCCUGCAUUAGCAUUCUUGUCCAGCACAUCUGAGCUGGCUGUUGUCACAGGACUGUGCAGCCGGCUAAGCUGCAGCUAUUUGGAUGGGUAACUUCCCCACCGCAGUAAAGCACUGCCUGAGCUAUGAGCAACUCAUCAAGGACUACCCCUGGCUAAGACGCUGGCUGCAGGAAGAGAAGAUCAAGUAUCCAGAAUUUGUAAAAAUUGUAGAAGUUGGGCCUAGAGAUGGACUUCAAAAUGAAAAGGAAGUUGUUCCAACAAGAGUGAAAAUCCAACUGAUAGACAUGCUCUCAGGAACGGGCCUUUCUGUGAUUGAGGCCACCAGCUUCGUCUCUUCAAAGUGGGUACCGCAGAUGUCAGAUCACAGUGAUGUUCUCAGAGGGAUCCAGAGAGCGCCACACGUUCAGUAUCCUGUUUUGACACCUAACAUGCAAGGCUUCCAGGAGGCUGUUGCAGCUGGUGCCACUGAAGUGGCUGUAUUUGGAUCCGCGUCAGAAACCUUCAGCAGAAAGAACAUUAACUGCUCUAUUGAUGAAAGCAUGCUGAAGUUUGAGGAAGUCGUUAAGGCUGCCAAAGAGCGGCAAAUUCCAGUCCGUGGGUAUGUUUCUUGUGCUCUUGGAUGCCCUUAUGAAGGUCGCAUUGAGUCUGCAAAGGUUGCUGAGGUGGCAAGGAGGCUGUAUGAAAUUGGAUGUUAUGAGAUUUCGUUAGCGGACACCAUCGGCGUCGGAACACCUGGUUCCAUGUUGAAGAUGCUGCAGAGAGUAAUGCAGGAUGUUCCUGUCAGUGCUCUUGCAGUCCACUGCCAUGACACGUAUGGACAAGCACUUGCUAACAUCCUCACUGCUCUUCAGAUGGGGGUCUCGGUGGUGGAUUCUGCAGUAGCGGGCCUUGGCGGUUGCCCGUAUGCAGAAGGUUCAUCGGGGAAUGUUUCCACAGAGGAUGUUGUUUACAUGCUCCGCGGCAUGGGCAUAGAAACGGGUGUGAAUCUUGAUAAAGUGAUGGAGGCCGGCGACUUUAUCUGCAGCGCUUUGAACCGCGAAACCAACUCCAAGGUCUCCCUGGCAAGAAACAGGAAGCUGUGAUGUAUUUCUUCAACAGAAAAGAUGCACAUGUGCAACCAACCAGAACACCGAGCUACAACCAUGUCUUAAGAUAAACUGGCAUUGCCUGCUAAGCUAAGAGUCGUUACACUGAUGGAGUUAAAGUGUUUUGAGAAAGAAAAAGUAAUGUAAAAUGGGAAUAUUUUUAAACCUCCUAAUUGAAGAUGUCUUGAUAACAAUGAUAAAACUGUCAUAUUAUUUGUAUUUAAAAUAUAUAUUUGUGUCAUAUGCAGUUUUAAUAGGUUCAUGAUUAUUUUGCUGAUCUUUAAACAAAAUCCCAUUUUUAAAGUUUACCAAUUAAGCUUUUUAAUGUCUCAGCUAAUUGAUUUAAGCGUUUAACAUGUUUUUUUUUUUUUAAAGUCAGAAUUUUUUGAGUUGUCAAGAUUUCUGAAGUGCCUCUGCUGCCAACUUUUUUUAAAUAGAACAUUUCAGUGUUUUGGUUGACUUCUCAAAGACGUAAAUGGGGAUUUUAGUUUGAAAUGAAGCUAUGCACUUUGUUAGUGAUGGUGGGAUAAGUUGAUAUUGUUUUCAGUAUCAGUUUUAGCUCAUGCUGCAUUAGCAUUAUCAUUUAUUUAGCUAUAAAGAAUCAAAAUUCAUCAAAACUUUUCAAACCUCCAAAGAAGGUGGAAGAGUAAUAUUUAAAAUAGUGAUUAUAAAACACUGUGUGUUGAUCUGAGAGGUUUGAAAAAACUUUAUCAACCAGCUGGGAUUCUGCAAAAAAAAAGCAGGAUGUUACUAACCAAAUCAAAACUAUAUAAAAUUCUGAGGAGUUUUUGACAUGAUCUUUGUCAAAUGUCCCUGAAGAAGGGUGCCUUUAUGUGUAUGCAUGUUUGGAUCUGCUCUAUUUCUUUCCAUAUAUGAGCUUUUUGAGCUUUAAAACAAAUAACUUUGAUCUUAAUAAAGGAAGAUAGAAAUAAAUGUUGCUUCUUUUUUUUCUUUUUUGUCUUGUGAAAUGUAAGUGAGAGGCAACUGCACAGUUUGUUUAACCAAAGAACACAUUUUAAUUUACUUUUUGUCAUUAUAUUUGUCCAAUUCUAUUUCUGAUGAUAUUGAUUGAUGCUUUUAUCUUGGCACGUGUCAAAAAAGUGGUAACAUCCCAUAGAUACCACCCGGUAGAGGCUGGCAGUCGAAAGAAAUUGAAUUUUUGAUGUUUUGAUAACUUGAUGAUAGCUUGUCCAAACAGAUAGUGAAUGCUGAACAUGGAAUCAGAAAUGAGCAAACACAUCUCUGGUGCCUGGUGGAGUGUUUGCUUACAGGGCGAUCUUCACUGAGGAUUCAAUACUUUGGAAAUUGUACAGAUGGUUCCCUUCCAUCUUUUUUCUCUAUCCUUGUUCAUUCAGUCACAAACAUUUGGAUACACCAUGAUAUACAAAUAUAGUGAAAAAAUAUGUUUGAAGGUCGAAAGAAAACCAAAAACUGUCUCAUUGCGUCUUUGCUCAUAUUUACUUUCAAAACAGGUUGCUGACAUAACAAUAUGUCAAAUUCAAUCCAUCAUAUACUAUAAAUAUUUGACACACCAGUCUUAUUAGGCACAAAUCGUCUCCAAACUCAAAGCAAUUUGACUUUGAGAAAGUCCGCCAGGCCUCUGUAUUCUUUCAUGCAGAUUACAGCAACUCUUAAUGUUCUGUGACCACUCAGGCACAAUUAUCCCAUAUAAAAUUGGUUCACAUCGCAAAAGAAAAAGCCCAACAAGGUCAAAAGUGAUUAAAUAAGUCUACAUAUGCUUCAGUGACACUGAUUGAUGUUGCUCCACUUCAAGGCUCUUGUUUUAGUUCAUCAUAGCGUAAAAUAUAUGAAAAAGGCCCAAUUUUUUGGCACAAAACACCAAUUACAGCUAUUUUUGAGAAAAACUAUUAGAAAAAAAAUGUAUUUACAGAGCUGAACUAUUAUUGUGUAGCACUUAUGUCAACAUAUGUAUGUUUUUUUUAUUUUGUAUUUUAAAAAAAUGUUAUGUCAAUGACAUUUAUUGGAAUCAUAUUUUCAGCUGUAUGUUUAUUGUGUGAAUUCUCUUAAUAUUCAAAAGGUUAAAGUUUGUUUCUUCCAAUCAUGAAACACAUCACAGACUUUCAUUUUUGUAACUCCUGUACUUUUAACUCGUGCCGCCCUCUGCGACACGGGCUGAAGAUACUUGAUUUUUGACAUCUUUCCUGUACCCUCAUGUGUCUUUUCUGGGCGAUAGAGAGCCAUCCAGCGGCUGCUGCCCACCACUGAGAGAAUUUCCCCAUUGUGGGAGUAAUAAAGGAUUUGAUUGAUUGAUUGAUUGAUAAAAGGACCCCACAAAAUGUUUAUCUUUUAUUUUCAAUAAAAAUGAUGUCUACAAUUGAUUAAAGCAGUUUCCUUCAGAAACGAAGCUCAUUUGCAGUCAAGUCAAACUGUCAACUGUCAGUAAAAAAAGAAAGAAGAAAACUUGCACAAAAGAAAAAAAAAGAGUUGAGGUUUUAUUGUCUGUCAAACUGAAACUAUACUUCUUUGUGAUAUGCUUUGACAGUAAAAAUUACAUUUUACUUGAUUUUUUUCCCACACUGACAACUUCUGUCUGUUCUGCACCUGAGGCUCAGUAUUAUUAUUAUUAUUUUUGACAAGCCUCGAAAGCUCAUUUUAAAUCAAAUGCAGCAGAUUUGAUUAAGAUGUUGAUGCAAAAUUCCCUCAAAAAACACCUGAGACUUUCCUUUAUGCUUACUCAAGGGUAAUUAAGAAAUAUCUGCACGUCGCCUACAAAGAAUAUUGAUCAAGUAUUGUACUUUCUGGAGGGAAAUGUAUUAGCAAGUACUGUGUAUUACAAAUAUCUGAAAAAAAAACAUUCAUUAAUUGUUAAUGAAUUGUCAUAGAAGUUGUCUUUGUUGAGGUUGAUGUUAUUUUUUCAAAAGAUUUAUCAAUAUCAAGUUUUUUUUCAUUUGAAGACAUUUAAACAACGUUUACUGUGCAAAUUCUUUAAUAUUCAGUAAGCUAAUGUUUGUUCCUUUACUAUCAUUUACUUUCAUUUGUUUUUAUAGUGGUACGCUUCAAUAAGUUAAGCUGUCUGCUUCUUUUCAAACAUGCUUUUUUUUAGCAUGCAUUCUUGAAAAAAAUUCCCAGAAAAAGUCAAAAAGAAGGAAAAGCAGUUAUUUUCUCCUUUUAAGUACCAUUAUUUGAAGCCAAAAGCACAGAUUAAAAAAAAAAAAAAA